AUGGAAGCUUCCGUGAAACCUGCAUUCGCCAAACCUCCAUUCGCCAACAACCAGUGUCUCUGGGAUACUGCGUACCAGAGCUUCUGGCUUGCGGAUCUACUCAGGUACUUCUACCUCAUCUCCUCGGAGCCGGAGCUCAUUAGUUUGGACGACUAUGUCUUCGAUACCGAGGCGCACCCUCUGAGGUUGUCCCAGCCGUCGGAGACGCCCGUCAUGAACAAGAACUUGUUUGCCCCGUUGCUGUAA